UGAAGAGGAUAAGGAAAGACAAGGGAAGUGUCCUUGGGAAGGCAGCACGCGGAGGAGGAAAAGCCACCGAGAAACUAAACACAGGUGUUAUUAUCCCAAAACAACGACCUGCCAUGGCUAUAAAAAUCACCGGGCUGAGACGUCGGGACCACCUUUCCCUCAAAGGUGCCAAAUCUGCUGGAACUCUGCAGCGACCGUCUCCAUCUUCCCCGGACUGCCAGGACAUUCAGCCAAGGAUUGAUAAAGGAAAAUGGAAGGCGAUUGUGACCGGCGGGAAGGGCGAACUUCGUGGCAUCACCAGACUUGUUUUUGCUGCGGGGAAAAUGCUUUCAAAUCUCUGAUUGCAGGAUUUACUUUGCUUUCUGGUAUGUGCAUAGUGCUGAGCACCCAGUGUGCCCAACCGAUGCAUCAGCACCUUGAACAAACAGUCAUUAGUUCCCACUUGGAAAGGCACCACGACAGACAGGCCACAGCCCAGCACAGGGUUAGGAGGUACACAAAAGCCGGGACCAAUUGGCCCUGGUCUCAAGCUUACAUAAAAUACACAGGAAGCAUGGGGUUAAAUCCUAACGCAGGCUUAAAUUUGUCAACGGUGGUUAUGCAUGGGACAGAGGUGUACUUGGAAAAUGAGUGGAGCUGGGAUAGCACAAACAGACUUCCACAGCUGCUGGGGACGGUGGGACAGCAAAUAAAGGUGGGGUGCAGGCUAAUUAACGCAUCCACUCACCAACCAGUAAAUCAAAUCUCUGUAACUGAAGUAAAAACUAAUAAGAGUCAGAAAAAAACCUGUGCUGUGGAAAAACUGGACUGCUGGUACAAUUUUACUUUGGUCCAGCCAGUCUUUGUGGUCUGCCUCUGGGCACAACACAGCGUGGGGCUGUCAUUUAAAUUCAAGAUCAGCACCACGACACCCUCCUUUGCUGCCGUUAAGAUCUCAAAGUGCCAUUAUUUGGCCUGGCAUGCAGCCCCAUAUGUUGAAAUUGGCAACCAGGUAAAAUUGGAAAUUAAAUACUCCCAAGAAAGUGUAACUGAUCCGAUGCAAAUUGAUGGCACCACUGUGACUGUAACUGCCCCGAACGGCCGAAAGUGGGUCGUUCCAGUGAGCUGCUUCCCCGAGAACAAAACACUUAAUAGAUCUGAAUUAGGCAUGGAAGCUUCAUGGUAUAAUCAGAAUUAUGGACGCUGUCCACACCUGCUCAUAACCCUCCAGGUAUGGUGUCAAGGAAACCUGAACGUAGAAAUGUCCCACGAGCUUGGAGGAAAGUGGUGGAUAGGAGGCCCUGAAGGAUUUAAAAAGGAGUUUUCCAUCAUUGCUGUCUUGCGCCCUUUUGUUUCCAAAAUAGGCCCUUAUGUAGUGAAGAAAAAUCACGUCCAAGAGCUGUUGACUGGCCCGGUCCGGUCACUGAAGAAGGUGGUGGUGUCUCUGUCCACUGUUAAUAUUUCCUCUGUCAGACCACACUGUGCCCCCUUCCUGUCCACCCUCCACACGGGCUGGCAGGCGUGGCUGCACAGCCGCUCCCUCCAGGGCAGGGCCAGGAGAGACCUGCUGGCCACAGCGCUGGGAGGAGGAGGCGCUGGGCUGGGAAUCCUCAACAGCAUGAAUGCUGAGGUCUUGGCAAACAAGCUGGAGGCUGUCACCUCGGGUGUACAGAGCCUCUUCAAGCCUCUGAAUUCAUCCCUGACCAGCCUUGGGAUGGGCCAGUGGCUCGUGUCAGAGGUGUUGCCCACAUGGGAACAAAUAGAUGAGAAAGACCAUCAGGUGCUGUUGCGAGCGCUGGGCAUUGAACAAAGUAACGUAUCCCUCGCUCUGAGCUGCAUCCAGGCCCAGAUGUGGGUGCAGAGUGUCGUUGCAGGUAUCCUGAGAGACGGCGACAACGGCGUCCUCCCCACCGAGAUCCGAAAGAUUGUGUGGGACGCGGCCACGGAGAAGGAGCGGCAGCUCCAAGCCUGGUGGAGGCUUGUCAACUUCACCCAUGACCAGGCCCUCAACGCAGUCGUUGCCCACGUCCUCACCGUGGCGGAGGCUCGCAUCGAAAAGGUCUACCCCAUCGUGGCCCUGGGGGUUAACACAAACGGGUCUGUGGUCUACCCCCUGGACCACCGCAUGUGGGCGAGGGUGUCUGGUGGGAAAUGGCAGACGGUAGAUCUGGAAGCCUGCAUUUUGGAAAGGGGGCUGGGGUUCAUAUGCGAAGAUGAUGCCCUCAAGGCGAGUGACGUGUGCUUUGACACCAAAGAAGGGGUGUGUCAUUUUGAGAUCAAUCCCCAGAGCGGUAAUAAAACCAUGCUAGUGUAUGUAGGGAAAGGGUGCGUGUGCUUCAGAACGAUGUGUAAAUACGUGCAAAUUAAUGAAGCUUAUAAUCAGACCGUGUUUAAUAACUCAAAUAUGUGUGCUUGCAAUGUAGCUACUAUUAGAGGCUGUGAUUUUGUGUAUAAACCACCUGUGUUUACUAGCCAGUUGCUAAUCAGAAACUACACCUUGUAUCGUAGUAUAACCCCCACCCCCAUCGGUAUGGAUUUGUCCCUUGUAAAAGAAAUGUUAGAGCAUGAAAAUUUACAGCAGCUGUUAGAAAAUGCCAAGGCCAAAGCUAAAAAGAUCCUAAUAACUGUUCACCACGAUGGCAAUGUUAUAAAACAGGUAAUGGAGCGAAUUAAGAGGGCGGGAGAUCACCACUGGUGGGAAAUUUUUUUCGGCUGGUCCCCCACAGCCACUGGCAUUUUCAACACGCUGCUGCACCCCAUUGUAGUUAUCCUGCUAACGCAGAUCGGUGUGUGCUUUGCUAUGGUAGCCACUUGUUACUGGAUGAGGCAGGUGAGGCUCUGCAUUGAGAAACAGGUGGAAACUCUGGAGAUAGCCAAGCGCAUCCUUCCAUAGUCAAGGGCAAGACUGGGUUGGCCUCUGUGUUUGCCACCAAGAAGAACUCCUGGCUCCGCUGUUGGCUGCAACCCAGUAGGCGUUGAGCGGUGGGGACACAUGCCAUGCCAGACCUUGAUGUGAAGGAUGGCCACCUCUGUUCUUAGAGGGCCGUCCAGGAGAGGACAGGCCAAGCAGCCUGUAGUUGGCAAGAAUCACAGAAUGGUUGAGGUUGGAAGGGACCUCUUGAGUCCGAAACCACCUGCUCAAGCAGGGUCACCUAGAGCAGAGUGCCCAGGAUUGGAUCCAGCUGGGCUUUGACUAUCUCCACAGACAGAGACUCCACAACCUCUCUGAGCAAACCUGUGUCUCUAUUUGUUCACCCUCACGGUAAAAAUGCAAUAGUUAGGAUAAAUAGCUUGUUUUUGAACCUCUCAUUCCUAAAUGCUAAUGCAAAGAAGCUGCUCUUGUGUGAUUUAAGACUCCUUAAGCAGAGGAGACGGGGGCAAAGAAAGCCAAGGACAGUGGUUUUGGAAGGAAAGAGAAGAAAACGUAACACCUGAUCUCGGCAAAGCACCCACUGAAGACAGCAGGGGUGUGACCAGCCUCAAAGACUUGGAAAGACAGUAAAAGACGAGCAGAACCGGAGACCCCGCAAUCACCUUGGACUUACAGGAGCUGAAUCCACAUGGACCUUUGCAGAAACUUCCUCCAGGUUCCCAUGACUCCCAGGACGUCUGGCCAAUUCUGGCCAAUGGAUUGGUGAGAUCUUGUUUUCUGAGCCUGGACAUCACCGCUUUGCUUUGCUUAGUUGUGCAUGUACUCAAUAAAUCUGCCUGUUAGAGAA